AGAAUAAACAACAUUCGUUAAAUAAUGUUUAACAAUAAAAAAAAGUGAAAGUUUUUUAUUGAAACAAAGUAUAAAAUAUAUUUGCGCAUGUUCAUAAAAUUGCGCCGGCGCAAUACAUAAAUAUUCGAGUUUGGAUUGGUUGUAUAGUUCAGUAGAUUUGUGAACAGCAUCUAACUCUUUAGUAUAGCACAGUGCAUCCGGCGUGAUGUUGUUAUAUGUUGUUUUACGUACUGUUUUAUCAAUUUCCUUCGGGGCAAUUAUACAAAUUCUAAUAUUUUUUCUUCAAAAUUCAAAUAUCUUGAAAGUGCAAGCUUUCCUUCCACCGGGAGCUGAGGAUGAAAUUAUUCUCAUUGAACAUCUACCAGGACGUCGGGUACAUCUUCAGGAUUUUUUUUGGUCAGAUGCAAAAGAUGCUCCAUCAUGGAUAGAUCAAGGGUUGACUUUUUAUGAAACUAAAACAGUUCAUCAUACUGUAACAUUAUAUUCAUCUGCAGAAGACAAAGAUAAUCAUAAAUCACUAUUUCCUGAUCAAACUGAUUCUACUGAACCAAAAUGCAUUACUUGUAUUGAACCUACACCUAGAUUAAAUAAUGAUGAAAAUCAAAAUAUUGGUAUCCUUAUUGGAGAAGAUCCUGGACCAAGAUAUUGGUUGCUAACAGUUCUUCGUGCAGGUGAAUCUAUACCACCUAAAAUUGAACUGAAAUUAGCUCGAUUAUAUAAGACUGCAUUUUUAAGACAACAACAACGUCAUCUUGGACUUUUACAAACAAAUACACGAUUACGAAGAAGUACAAGAGGACACGCACUUGUUAAAACUAAGUCAGAAAUUGCUGAUCAAAAUGAAAUAUAUGAAAAUCCUGCAAACUCACCUACUAAAUUGAGAGUUCAAACGAAUUCAGAAGCUCAAAUUUCAACAAUGCCAAAUAGCAUAAAAUUGGUUCAAGUAUCUACUUUUAAUAAUACUCUUUUACCAACAUCUAAUGUUAAUGAUAUUGAAAAUCAUAGUGAACAUAUUCAAAUGGAUAAUUUUUAUUUAAAAAGAUUAAGUCUUAUCAAAGAUAAAAAAAAUGUACCAACUACAACAGCAUCAUUAGAUUUCAAUGAAAAUAUCACAAAUUACACAAAUCAACAUUCCUUGGAGAAUAACGUAUCCUUUAAUUUGUCUUCCAUGAUGAAUAAUCUUCAAGAUUAUAAAAAUAAUUAUUCAAUGUCAGAACAAGAAGUAUCUAAUAUUGAUGGAAAGAAUAUAAGCAAACAUUCUAAAUUACGUUUAUUAGAUCAUACUGGAGAGGAAACUGUUCAAGUUAGAAUGCAAAAUACAAGCAUAACUGAAAAUGGUGCCACAAAGUUGAUUUACUCUGUUCACUUAGGUGGAAAACCUGUACCUGCAGAAACAGCUGCUAGAGAUAUGGCUCUUUUGUCAUCCCAAGAAGUUGCAUUGGAACUUGGUGCACCAGUUCUUAUUCAAAGUGAACCUUAUUUGAAAGAAACACGACCAUUGGCUCUUUCAAGAAAAAGAGAUGCAUGGCUAUUAAUUGGUGCAGCAAGUGCUGGUUUUAUUUUGUUAGCAUUUGUUGUGAUGGGAUUAAUUUUUGCAGCAAAAAGAAAAAGAGCACAUAGUGCAGUAGCUGCACCUCCAAGUCAUCAUAUUUUAAAGAAAAAAAGAGAAUAUAUACAAGCAACUGUUGAUAAUAAUGCCUGUUCAACAUCGGAAAUGGAAAUUAAGACUGACGGUACCAGUCAGAGACAAACCCUUGGUAGUUUGUCGAGAACUCCAGUCUCUAUUGAAACUCCCGAUAGUCUUGAGGCAGGAAUUCAUGAAGUUUCGAGCGACAACGACGACGAACAAAAAAGUAAAGUACGGGAAUCAAGUCCGUGGGAACAUUCUCUAAAAAAAUCAAGACUCAUACAUGGAAGAAUGUCUCAAACAAAUGCCAUUGAUACACCUCGAACUUCUGAUUCAACAGAUGUAAUUGUAGAUCAUUUAGAAACGUUAGAUUCUUUGGAAAAUAAUUAUACAAAACAAGAAGAAGCUACUGCUUCACCAUAUUCUUAUCUUUCUAUGCCAUCUUGUAAGACAUUUCCCAGCAUGAAAAGUGUUGAACCACUUUCCAGAGUAUUGGAACCAGUUAUGGUCAAACAUUUAGAUAUAGAUUCUCCAAAAGAAAUGAGACGAGAAAAAGAUCAUUUUGAUGUUUAUAGAGAUGAUGAAGAUAAAUUUUUUGCGCGAACUUCAAGUGCAAUCAAAGAUCCUGGAGUUGUAGGUCCUAUAGUUUGGAAUCUUCGAAAACAAAACUUAUCUGCUGAAAAUAAUGGUACAUUAGAAACAGAAGCUGAUUCAAGUUACAUAAUGUCAUCUGGACCUGUAGGAAAAGCAAGAAAAAGACUUCACGAACUUCUUGAAGAUUCUUUUAGUCUUUUUGGAAGUAGAGAUCAAAAAUCAGAUGUACAAUUAUAUACCACACAAUCGACUUCAAUAGGACGUAUACCAGACACUUUUACAAUAUUUUCAGAAACUAAAGAAAGAUCUACUCAUGCGAGUCCUGUAUCUUCACCAUCAACAGAAAUGCAUACUCGACCUCGCACAUCGUUACUGCUAAAAUAUAAUACGAUAGAUAACAAUAGAACUGUUGAAAAUGGACAUUUUGUAUCAUCUCGUAAUAAUUGGGGUUCCAGACCAUUAAGUGCUGGUCCAUUUCAUAAGCCUAAUUUACCGAUUGUAAAUUCGAGACGCAUACUUACAGAUUGUCAACUUUCACAAGAAGAUCCAGCAAUACCAUUGAUAGCUUCAAUUAAGAAAGAACUUGAAAAAUUUUCUUCGCAAUAAACAAUCAAAGAAUUACGAUAUUAAGCAAUAAAAA